UGGACGGACACUGGACGACCACUCGCUGCUUGGCUUUCCUUCGGUUUGGGACCUCGGCAAUGCUUAGGGAUGAGAUUGGCACAAAUGGAAGAAAAACUUGUUCUAGCCCACUUGCUGAAACGAUUUGAUAUAGUAGCGACGGAUAGCACAGAGGCACUUUGCACUUUCCAUCUCUCGAACUGUUUUGAAACGCUUUUGAUUCAGAAUGAACUCAAACUUGUCGGAUCCAUGACUGUUGCCCCAAAAUCUGUCACAGUGCAACUCAGAAGAAGGAUGCCGAUGUUGCAGAAAGAAGCGAUGAAGUGA